AUGGAGGCCAGGAAGGUAGUAAACAACGUCCAGUGCAUCAACGGAGGCCUUACCUCGGUCGGCACUCUGCGACUCACCGAUUUCCAUCUCGUUUUCUGCGCACCGCUGCCUCCCCUUAAGGACCAGAACAAGGACAACGGCAAUAAUAACAGCCAGCCUCCCCCUCCUCCUAAGAACCGAGAAUCAUGGAUUACCUACCCCAUCCUUUCGCACUGCACCCUCCGACUCAUGCCUCCGAACCACGGCAUCCAUAGCUCUAUUCGCAUCCGUUGUCGCGACUUCAUAUUUGUCACCUUCAUGUUUGAAGACAACAACGUUGCCCGAGAUGUCUUUGAGUUCGUGAAGCUCAGGACCUGCAAGCUUGGCACCAUUGAGAACCUAUUUGCUUUCAGCCACAAAGGCUCCAAGGCCGAGAGACAGGUUAAUGGCUGGAAGAUCUACGAUCCCAAAGCCGAGUUCCGCCGCCAGGGCAUCAGUGAGAAGUCAGCAGAUAAGGGAUGGAGAAUCAGCAACAUCAACAAGGACUACACUUUUUGCGAUACCUACCCCGCUACUCUGGUGGUCCCCUCUUCCAUCUCUGACAACGUCCUGAAGUACGCCAAGGAGUACCGAUCGCGACACAGAAUCCCAGUGCUUAGCUAUAUUCACCCAGCCAAUAACUGCACCAUCACUCGUAGCGCCCAGCCUUUGUCGGGCAUCACCAGAAAGAACAAUAUCCAGGACGAGAAGCUCGUCAUGGCCUCAUUCGCCCCAACCGUACCCCGGACCAGCAUCGACAGGGACCAGCCUCCCCGCCGGAGCCAGUCAGACACCUCUCAGAAGAACUCGUUGGAUGAGUCAGAGCUCUCGGAGCAGGCCAGGCUGGAGGAGCAGGCGAUUGCGGAUGCAGAGCCCAAGAUGUAUGACGAGAAGGGCAAGCGACUCAUUUACGGCGCCCAGCAAGCCAACAUGAUUGUCGAUGCUAGACCUACUGUGAACGCUAUGGUCAAUCAAGUUCAAGGCAUGGGAUCUGAGCCGAUGGAUAGAUACCCUGGCGCCAAGAAGGCGUUCAUGAACAUUGAGAACAUCCACGUCAUGAGGAGCUCACUGGCCAAAGUUGUAGACUGCCUCAAAGACGCCGAUAUCUCCCCAUUGUCUCCGGACCAGAAUGCCUUGGCUUCGACUGGCUGGCUGAGACACACGCAAGCCGUCCUGAACGGAGCUGAUAUUGUUGCCCGGCAGGUGUGGUUUAAGCACUCUCAUGUCCUAAUCCACUGCUCCGAUGGGUGGGACAGAACCAGUCAGCUCAGUGCUCUUGCCCAGAUUCUGCUGGACCCUUACUACCGGACUAUUGAGGGUUUCAUCGUCCUGGUCGAGAAGGACUGGGUAUCGUUCGGCCACAUGUUUAGGCUUCGAUCUGGCCACCUGAACCACGAGAGCUGGUUCACUGUCCAGAAGGAUGGCAUGGCUGGCUCAACAGUGCAGCCUGGCGACAACGAUGGCCGUGACGAUGCCUUCCAGAAUCUCUUUACUGGCGCUAGGCAGUUUUUCAACCCCAACAAGGAGGACGCGGCUGACCUUGAAGCCGUCGCUGAGGGUUCUACGGGAAAGGUCGCUAAAGACGAGGCCACGGUUCCGAAAAUGAUCAGUCCCGUCUUCCACCAGUUUCUGGACUGUGUGUAUCAGCUUCUCCGCCAGAACCCAACCAAAUUCGAGUUCAACGAAAGAUUCCUUCGCCGUCUGAUUUACCAUCUCUAUUCUUGUCAGUACGGUACAUUCCUCUACAACUCCGAGAAGCAGAGGACCGAAGCCAGCGCGUCCGAGCGAACAGCUUCGGUGUGGGAUUACUUCUUAUCCCGGAGGCCGGAGUUCACCAACAAGGAGUACGACCCCACCAUUGACGAGUACGUUAAGGACCGUGGCCGUAUCAUCAAGCCGAACCUUGAUGACAUUCGCUGGUGGCACCAGCUCUUCAACCGAACCGACGAAGAGAUGAACUCGCAGUUGAACGCUGUGGCGGCCGCCGCAGUCAACAGAGCUUCGGCUCUGGCCAACUUCCAGCCAUCUACUGAGGAAUCGUACGUAGACAGCCAGCCCGGCACCCCACCUCAAGGAGCUUCGAGCCCCAAGCCGCCGCCGGCUCUGCCCACUAGCCAGUCCGUUCUUGCAGCCGUGGAGACGGCGCAUACGACACUUACCCCUAGUCGACAAGAGCGACAGGCACCGGCUUUGCACCGAAGUGUAUCGGCCGAGAACUCGAAUGCCUUCAGUGCCUUGAGAGAGGGCAUUGCCGGCCUGAACAUCGGCAAGAACGUCAGCGGCAUGCUCACCAAUCUCGGCGGGCGCAACGCCAGCCCCGCGUCUAAUUCGAGAGUUACAAGCCGCACCGAGCAAGAGCUCCGGGAAAUGACAUAG